GGGUGACAUAGUGGUGCAGUUUUCAGCCGCUACCCACAUCAGCACAGCGCGCACAGAUGCCGGGCGGUCAGCAGUGCGUGCCGGUGCAGUUUUUCGCCGGCAGUCCGCGGCUACAUAACCUGACCGCGCUGCUGGUCCUAUUCGAGAAGCCGGGAGACGAGGCACCGGGCAAACAGGUGCUCAGGUGUAGGGAGCUGAUUUUCCGGUGCCCGGUGGUGCUGGCCUCUCCCUCGGACGAUGCAGAGGCGGUUCUGGUGGUGGUGCCGCGCGCGUUCAGCCUGUUCCCGACGCUGGCAGAGAUGAGGGCCAGGGUGCUGGGUGAGCGGCCGGCCGGGCCGGACGACUUUGCCUGCUGCCUGCGGUACACACUGCAGGCCAAGCUGGCGCCCCAGUGGAACGUGGUCGGUGAGCUGCUGCUGCAGGGACGCGACUUCCUCCAGGUCACCGGGCCCGUCAACGGGGUGCGGCUGCAGGUCAAUGUCACAGAGGAGGACGUGUGUCUGAGCGCCCAGGCGUGUGUGGUGCGCCUGCCGCCGCUGAGACUCUCCGACCUCGGGGCCUCGCCGGUGGCGCUGGUCGACUUCAACGCCCGCCUUACUGACGUCAUCAGCGAGAGUCAGAUGACCGGCCGCUGGUGUCACAUACUGCCCAGGAUGACCAAAGGUCAGGUGGCCACCGUGACCCGCCACCUGCCCCUCUCCGGACCGUUCGCCACCUACAGGGACCUGAAGCGGCACUGGAAAAACAUGUACGGUUACCGUCUGCCGGAGGAGGAACCCGCUCACUACGUCAACGUUAACUUCCGGCUGGUGGGCCCGCAACUAUUCACAUACCCGCCACUCUGUCUGCGAAACGGUUCUCCAGUGUUCCUGGCCCGGCCGGCUCCGCGUCCUAUCCUGACCGCCCUGCUGAGGGACCUGCACGUCAAGGUCGGGUCGGUGUGUGGCCAGCCGCUGUCCUUCUCCGGCACUCCGUCCUACCUGACUGUGCAGCUACAACCGGCACCCACGUUCCAGUCGGACUGUCGGCCCAAUGUGUCCAGCGAGCCGUCCGGCCGUCAGCCGCCGCCGGCCGUCAGAAGGGUCGGCCAGGUGACCGCACCGGGGCCGGUGGAGGGCGGACGACCCGGGACGGUGGCACAGGCGAGAGUGGUGGACGGCGGCAGGCCCGGGACGGCGGCGCAGGCGAGAGUUGGUGCUUUGGCACCGGCGACACCGCAGCAGCAGCAGCAGCAGCAACAUAGACAGCAGAAACGGCCCUCGAGACCGCCGGAGCAGCAGCAGACCCCGAGCCAGCAGCAGCAGCCCCCGAAGCAGCAGCAGCCAAAGCAACAGCAACAGCAACAGCCGAGACCGCAGCAGCCGCAGCAGCAGCCUAGGCCAAAGCAGCAGCAGUUACAGCAGCCGCGUUCUGGCCUAGCUCCACCUCUCUCUGCCAGCCCUGUCAGCCGUUAUCCGCCGCCUCCGUCACCUGCUGCGAAGACCCCAGCUCCAUCCGCGGCUGCGACCAAGACCCCCGUUCCGGCCGCAGCGAAGCGCGGGGGUGUCCUUCCACCCUCCCCUCGGGUGGCCACUGCCCCCUCUGGCGCUCCUCUGCCCAACCCCCAGCCGGUCAGCCGUCCUCGGGCCUCAGCCUGCCUCGGGAGCUCUGCUGCUCCUCGGCCGGCGGCGGGUCCCAUCUCCGCUCCGACGGGAGUCGGAAGUCGCCCCGGACUCCUGCCGUGCUCUCCAAGACCUGGACAGCUUGCCUCCCCAGGUUUCACUGUCUCCCACACAGGAGACGGUAGCCGCGCGCUAGGGAUGCCCUCCUCUCCCCACCCGGCCAGGAUUGUACCGCUGUUCAAGCCGCGCCCGGUCGCAGGGGCGCGGGUAUCACUCCAGGGGAAGACCUCAGGAGCGGCGCGGCAGACGGGAGCGUCAAAGGCGACCCCGGCGCGGCCCGCACCGCGCGCCGCGGCGGGGGCAGGCCGGGGGAAGAAGCAGCGCCCGGCGGGGAGGGUAGUGGUGGACGGCCAGGGCCGAACUCCGGCCGCGGGACGGACGGCCGGACCGCCGGCGACUCCGGCGGCGGCCAAACGGCGCCGGCAGUGAAGCGACGGGACGGGAAGACAGGAGACGGCAGAACACGUCAUAGGUUAUGUUAUCGGCGGCCAGCAGGGCGUCCCUUCAGGGUGUCACCGCGGGACAACUCCACCAGAGUUACUUCAGUUGACCGUGUUCAUCAGCGCAGCAUCGCCUUCUCGCGCCGGUCCAGUUAGGUGCAGCUCAUCAUUCAGGUACCGUCAGGGGGGAUGUGACGGGACCAGCCGCCCCCCCCCCCCCCGGGUACGUGUGAGGUAGCGCGGUACGGUACCCCAGGGAACUGAGGACCCACGGUCGCAUGGCGACCGGUGCGGAUAGUCGGAGAUUGGUGCUUGGACGAGAGAGGCGGGAAAGUGAUUGCCAAUUGUGUUGAGAGCUUGGGAGGGCGGGCGUCAAUCUGAAGUCUCCCGUUUCGGUUGAGUUUUACGUGCGAAAACGCUUUAGUUAUUUAAAACUUGUGAAGUCGGGCUGGCCAGCCAGUGAUCUAAUUUGAAAACGUCGGGAAUCGGCUGACAGUUUGCUUUGGCGUUACCGACCAAGACGAAGGAAAUGUUACGAAUCUGUCGUUUGUGCUCAUCAGUACCAACUGCGAAGCUAAUUGGAAGUGAUAUGUCUACUUCUAGAGCCUGUCUAGAACCCUUAACUCAAUCAAGUGUAAUUACCAGUGUAAUUCAAGACAUUAGCAGUGUAUUGUGUGUUGAAUAUAGGCACUUUUUCAUCUCAGUGUAGUAGGAACGCUCAGUUUUUCAUUGUCAUCAUGUACUUUCAAUCGUUUUAACGCUGAAUUUCAAUACAGGACCUCGUUUACCAA